AUGCUUGAUGUUUUACGAGAUGCUGCUGAGAUCAUAAAGCCACAUAGUCAUGUGAUCACAUCAACAUCACCAAGCACUGGCAUUUUUAACUUCUUUUUUACAGUUAAUAUUGAUUUGAAUUAUUUAUUGCAGCAAAUCAAUCUCAUCAUUUCAAAAGGUACAGAAAAUCAAUCAACGAUUGAUAUAUUUUAUCCGCAAAAUCAUGUUGAAGUGCUAGAUUUGAUCAAAACUCAAAUUCACGAAAAAGAAAAGUCAGACUUCAUUUUAUUUUUAACUGUAUUGACAUCUUUCGGUCUUUUAGACUCAGAAACUACUAAAGAAGAACAGAAAGCAGUCUUAAUUUUCAUUUAUGAAAAUCUUGUCAAUGAAUGCGAGUCAGAAGCCUUUUCAAACUACAAAAAUUACUUCUAUACGCUAUUUAUUUUCGGAUCCAAUAGAGUUAUGACUACAAAAGAAAACAAAGAAUUUUCAUUACGAAAAUAUUUCAAAACAAAUGUAUUUUCUUCCAAGUUAAUGCGUUCAUUUCAAGAUUUUAGCAUGAAAUCAAUCAACUCCACCCAUUUCCAAGUCGUCAAAUACUUCACAAAAAUAAAUCUUGAAAAAGAAGGGCAAAAGUUACUUUUAAACCUUGUAUUAAUAGAUCCAACAUCAUCUACAAGUAUAAGUUUUCUACAAAAACAGCUCGAUUUGAAGGAAAAUACAGUAGAUGCGAUAUAUAAUUGUAUUUCUCAAUUUUACGACAGUUUGGAAGAAGAUGUUAUACAGGAACGUCAACAUCUACUCAAGUCAUUUGAGAUUAAUGCCAAAAAAGAUUGUCCUUAUCUUGCAUCAAAAAUUUAUGAAAAAAAUUUGAGAGAUUUUGAGAAAGAAUUCUUCAUUAAGUACGCAGAUAAAGAGGUAAGUAUCGAAGCAUCCAAGAAAGACCAAAAUCUCCUCAAAAACCUGUUGUUUUCCUCAUUAAAUCCAGAAAACAACACUUUGAUAAGAAGAUCUUAUUUAAUUCCAUUGAUUCUCGAGAAUGAAGAAGAAUACAGCUUAAUAUCCAAAUGUAUCAAGGAAUCUCUAUACAAUAGAGUGCUUUUUUCGCAAGAAGGAUUAGAUAUUUUAUUGGCUCCAAAAAUCUUUACCAAUGAUAGCUGUUUUCACUCUCUCAAGCUCAUAACAAGUAUAAUGUCAUCAACAGAGCUAACGAGAGUCCUCUUUAGCGCGAUUUCCCCGCAUAAUAAUGUAAUUCCUUCUGAUUUCAACAAAAAAAUAAAAAUUUUGACUGAAUUAUUGGAGACAGACCCUUUCUACACCCCAAUUAAUGUCGGACCAUCGUUAAUUGACUUGAAAGGAGUUGAUCUCCAAAAUUUGAAGUCAGGAAUCUCAAUUGGAAUGUGGAUCUUCUUCGAACGGACUGAUUCAUCUGUACAGAUACCAAUUUUAACCUUGGAAGGCAAAAUUUUCUCUUUGGCCGUUUCGAAAUUUCAAAAUAAAAUUAUGGUAUUGGCAGGAAGUCAAGUUUAUGAGUUCCCGUUGAUAAGAUAUGGUGGUGUAACACCAAUGGCCAUCAAUAUGAAGGCCAAUGAUGCUUAUUUGCUGCUAAAAAUCACAAUUGGAACAGAAUUCCAAGUUCAAGAGGUAAAAAUAGGAAUUUCCAAUGCAGAAAGCUCAUUUAGAUCACAGUUAUGUAUUAGCAAUGACGACAUGAGCAUGUUUUUGCUUAGUUUUACUUUAAUUCCUUAUGAAGACGAAUUAGACAAUAUAAAGAACUGGCUGAUCAACAAUUUGAACUCCUUGGACCAAUAUUUCUUGAAUAUCAAGUCACAAACUGAUAUAGAAUGCAAGAUUCCGUUUUUAGAAAACAAAAUUACGGCAAUUAUCAAGAAAAGCAGCAAUAUCGAGUUCCAUCCUCUAUUAGAAACUGUUACACGAAGCUUUGAACUGAAGAUUUUGCUUCCUUUGUUUGCUUUUGCCACUAAUUUUGAAAAUAAUUCUGCAUUAACAUCAGCAUUUGACUUAUUAAGGAAGAUAUUUGCUUUUAUGCCUAAUUCAGUUAAUAUAUUUGUUGAAAAAUUCCUUGACAAGGCUUUAUUCCACAUUUUAGAAAAAUGUAGAGAUGAAUUCUUUGAUUCAAGCCUUUAUUCGCACAUUGCCGACAUGAUUGAUGUUAUACAAGACAAGAAGAUGAAGGACAAACUACUUUAUUUGAUUACUUCCCCGAAUUUAAUUCAAAAAUACGAUCCUUCAAUUUUCAAUCAGAUUUUCAAGCAUUGGUCGAACAAGAUCAGCUUAGAACUCCUGAAUAUUACAGAUUUACUUGCUUUUGCCCAUAGAAUUGACAAUGAAAUUUUGAAUUCAAUUUUAUUCAAAAUUUGUCAUACUCAGAAUGCAGAACAAGUCAUAAAAUCCAUCAUAGCGUUCGCUGCAUCUCACGAUCAAUGCGCGUACAGGUUUAAUUUGUUAUUAACCGAAAUAAUUUCAGAUGAAACGAUAAAUUUCCCAGAUUUCCCUUUAGUUCUUCGAUCCAUUGAAGAUAUCCUUCAAACAGGGAACCCAGAUCUUGCCGCUUACACGAUUUUGAUACUUUCCAAAGCUCAUCAGCGAAACAUGUAUCCGUUUUCUCUCCAAGACCACUUGAAAGCCCUGAAUUUGUCCCAAUACCACGGAAAUCAAGUUUUUGUUAAAAAUUUAAUUGGAUUUGAUAUUCCAGAUUCUGUUCCUUUAAUCAUUGAUUUGGCAUAUAUGACUGAUUUCGAUACCAUUGAUCAGCUUUACAGCAAUACUUCCAUUGAUUUUUCCAACGCAUUUCCGAAAAUUAUUGAACAUCUCGACGACGAAAUCUAUCCUUACAGGGAACGGCUGUACAAAGCGAUUAUUGACAAUGGUUGCGCAAACAUUGCUGAUAAAAUUGCUUGUAUGUACCAAAAUAAGCCAAAUCAUGUUUUGGAAUUCCUUAAAUAUGCAUCGAAAUGCAUUAAAGUGGAAUCCAACUCUAAUAAUUCUUAUCUUUUCGUUGCUUUAUGUUUCCAUUUCUUGUUAUUCCAAAAAAUUGAUAAUAAUUGGACAUUUAAACUGAAUAUCGACCAAGAAGGAAGAUGGAUUGACAUUGAUCUUGCAUCAGAAAGCCUGAAAUUAUAUCAAAGUAUCUUAGAUUCAAGAAUUUUGAAAUAUGAUAUAAUAACUUCAGGAUUUUUGAUGAGAUUCGCUCCUGAAGUCGUUCGUGAACAUCUUGUAUAUAUCUCUUCCAUGGAUUUCUCAGGCGAUGUUUCGCUCUACAAAGAUUUUAUUAUUUAUAUGGGAAGAAGAUUCAACAUUGGCGUUAAUUUCUUAUCAACAAAGCAGUGUGGAUUCGAAUCUAUGGAUCUUUUCACCACUUUGAAGCCAUUAUUUAAUGAUAUCUCAUUUAAAGAACCAGUUUCAGCCCAAACUGUUCCUCCAAAGCAAAAUCUUAGCCUGAUUGAAUCAUUUGUUGAAUCAAACAAUGUAAGAAUUUUGCAGCAACAGGAACAAUUAAAAAUUUCAGAGACAAUUUGGGAUAUUUUAUGGUUCAAACUUACUCAAAGAGGCGAAUUUUACGAAGAAUCUCUAUAUCCAAAGCCGAUAUUCCAAGGAUAUGAGAAAGUUGAUAACUUUGUAAAUACGAAUUGGUUAAAUGUCCGAUUCAAACCGAACAAGAGAUAUACAAUCCAUGCUGAUGCAUCAAUAAAACGUGAUGGAAAGAGGAAUACAGAUGCUGUGGCCAAUCUAGAAAACGAAAAAAAGACAAUUGAAAAUUAUCAGAAUGAAUAUAACAAUACACCAUUAGUUCUUAGGGUCAAACACUUUACUACGUCAAUGAUCCGCACUUUUGAGUACUUAGAUCUCAAAAAUAUUGGAGAAAACGAAAAAAUAAUUUUCGAAGCAGAUGGUUUAUACAUAAACCAAGCCAGAGAAGUCAAGAUUCGCUUCGUAUUCAAAGAAUCCAUAUUCAUUGUCACUAGUGAUGCGAAGAAAAAGGCGUUUUUGUUCAAAGAUAUCAAAUGUUGCCUUCCAAGAACGCAUUACCAUCAUUUGAACUCUUUGCAAUUCGUUCUUCAUGACGGAUCCAGUUAUUUCUUCUGUUUCCCUGGUCAAAAUUCAACACAAAUUAUAGAUAUAAUUAAGAUUCACAUGCCAAGUUCCGUUGACAUCUACAAAUCACCUAUUGGUAAUUUCUCUUUCGGAGAAAUUACUCAGCGAUGGUCUGUUGGCGAAGUUUCAAACUUUGCCUAUCUUAUGCACUUAAACAACUUGGCUGGAAGAAAUACAUAUGAUAUUUGCCAGUAUCCAUUCAUGCCAUGGGCUUUGGGAGACUACAGAGUCCCUUUAAGUUUCCCUCCUCGACCAAUCCAAGAAAUGGCUCCGAAAAACACAGAAAACGAUGAACAAAAUGGAGAAGAUGAACAAACAGAAAACAGUAACAAAGAAAAUGAUGCCAAAUCCGAAAAUUCUCCAGAUCAAAUCGAAGAAAAACCGAAAAUUGAAGAAAGCAAUGAAAUUUCUGCUCUCAAUCCCGAACUAAUAAGAGAUAUGUCCAAACCAUUGGGCGCAAUGUACGAACCAAGGUUGAAAUUCCUUAAAAUUAGGAGUGAAUCUUUGGAACCACCUCAUCUUUACAGUUCGACACAUAUAAGUGGUCCUUCGAUUUAUUUACUGCUAAUUAGAACGGAACCAUUCGCUACUUUGCAUAUUAAAUUCCAAAGUGGUCAAUUUGAUCGACCAAUGAGAGUUUUCUCGAGUAUUGCGAAUAACCAUGAGAUUUCUUUGACUCAGAGAAACGAUUUCUUCGAAGUUCCUCCUGAAUUUUAUUUCUCAACAGAAUUUUUGACGAAUAUGAACAAAUACGACUUCGGUGGCCCACAAGAUGUAAUUCUUCCACCAUGGGCAAGCUCACCUCACGAGUUUGUCGAUAAACAUAGGAAGAUUUUGGAAAUGGCCCCAAUUGAGAAAUGGAUUGACCUUGUUUUCGGUUAUUUACAACGUGGCCAAAAUGCAGAGAAGGCAAAUAACGUAUAUAUGCCUUAUUUAUACUCAAAUAUUUGGGAAGAAAAAGAUUGUCCACCUCCAGAACAAGUAGAGAUCAUGUUGAAGGCUGUAGGCCAAGUUCCUCCUCAACUGUUUACUUCCCCGCACCCAGCAAGGCAAGUUUUGCCUCCGAAAUGCAUUUUCCAAAAUAAUUAUAAUUUCAAAGUUCCUCAAAACAUGGUUGAUGUUUGUCUUGGCUUCAUAAAUGAUGGUGUUAAAGGUGUUGCUCGUGAUAAAAGAGGCGUUUUCUAUCGAAUUAACGGCCAACCUUCAUCUCCUUUGUUUAAUCAGAUAGAAGUUGCUCCGCAAACAGCUUUUUCGCUUAGUUCCCCUGCAUCUUAUUUCUUUGUUGACUCUGGAAGACACAAAAUCAUCUACAGAGAACUUUCCAGUCAAUUAACUACGGCAACUAUCAAUUUCUUUUCAAGAAUCGAUAGUAUUUCAUCAACAAACAACUAUGGAACGGCGAUUACAGGUUCAGAUGCCUUCUGUUUCAGACAUAAUUCUGAGAUGAUUCUUAAUUCUCACAGAAGAAGCAUCAAACCAUAUGUCUGCUCAGCAAUAAGGAAAGAAUUUGACUUGUUCGUGGUUUGUACUGAAGAAGAAAUGAGUUUAUACUCAUUAAGAAGAAGAUCUUUAUUUAAGACCGUUAAAAUCAGUCAUCCUACAAAAGUUUUGAUUACUCCGGUGUUCGGACAUAUUCUUUUGAUGAACAAUGAGUUCAUUGAACUCUUUGACGUCAAUGGAUUUUUCAUCAAAAGAAUUCAACAGCCAGAUAUCACUUCCAUUGAUAUUGGAAGGUUCAGAGAUUGUGAUGUUGCGUAUGCAGCUCUUGCAAACGGCAGCAUUGUUACUUUUGACGUUUUUGACAUGAAAUUCAAAGUAAUUUUAGAGGGACACUACAAUCUUGUGAAGAUUGUUAGAAAUGGAAACUGCAUUCUUUGUGUUUCAGAAGAUGGAAAUGCAGUUUUUGUUCCAUUUUCUUUAUAA